AUGCAAUCCGGACGAGUGGUGACGUAUGGGUCGAGACAAUUAAAAACUCACGAGCAAAACUAUCCUACCCAUGACUUAGAACUCGCGGCCAUCGUUCUUGCUUUGAAGAGUUGGCAUCACUAUCUUUACGGUGAAAAAUUUGAAGUCUUUUCCGAUCAUAAGAGCCCAAAGUACCUCUUCUCCCAAAAAGAGCUUAACUUACGUCAACGUCAUUGGAUGGAACACUUAGAAGAUUAUGACUUCGAAUUGCAUUAUCAUCCGGGUAAGGCAAACGUUGUGGCGAACGUGUUGAGUAGAAACCCCACACACUUAGCGAGCCUAGCCAUACGUGGGUGGAAGAUGGUGAACGAUUUAGGUCAUUAUGCUUUGCAUUUUGAGGAAAUUCAAGAGGGGUUACAUUGUGCACUCUCACCGUCCAAUCGGCCUUAUUGGUGCAAAGGCAGCUGUCCUAUUAUGUUAUUAUGGUUCUAUUGUAGAGGGGUUGUUGGUCUAUCCUUUGCUUGCUGGAUCAGGGCCUUAGCUUCUCUUCCAAUGGUGAUCUCUGUGUUAGCUGGUUGUGAUGCAAAUGAUGCAUUGAUUACAAGUUCUGGCUGUCACGUUUUGUGGCUGACUGUUACUGCUACAGCUACAGCUACUGUUGGUACUGUUGCUGCUAUGUUAUGCAGCCGUUGCUGUUCUACUUUUUAUGUAAUGAAUGAUAUUCUCAAACCAUUAUGGUGUAUCCUGAAGUUGCAACUGCUGUGUCCUACAGUGGUUGUUUCGUCACUAUUGUUCUCUCCUUUUAGAGUACCACUUGUUUUGUACCUACCUAAGGGGGGUGGUCCUUUGGGAUGUUUAAGCCUUACUAGGGGACUUGUCCCUGGAUUACUCUUCAUUCCCUACUUUACUCUCAGCCUCUUGUGUGCAGUCCAACAGAUUGCUGCCCAACAGGAGAUUAUUCGACUUCAUGGGAUUCCCGUAUCUAUCAUGUUUGACCGAGAUCCGAGGUUUACCGCGCAUUUUUGGCAAAGUUUGCAGGCCACUUUGGGCACGAACCUCUUGUUUAGCACUGCCUAUCACCCACAAACCGAUGGUCAGUUCAAGAACGAUUCAGAUUUUGGAAGAUAUGCUUCGGACUUGCGUUAUGGAUUUCUGGGGUAG